AUGGAAAAUCAAAACAAUGUAAGGAAGUCGUCCGGAUUUAUAAUACAUGAACAUUAUAGAAAUGAGUAUGAUCAAGCACAUAACAUAAUGAUCGUAAUUUUAUCGAAACCGUUCGAUGAAGUACAGAAAUACCCUAUAUUAUUUGGAUGUCCUGAGAUGUUUGCUGGCCAUAAUAAAAGGUCUAGUCCAGGGCUCAAACUUAAAAGUUUAGGAUGUGGACAGAUGGAGAGAAUAAAACAAAACAAAACUUUAAAUGGACAGGUGAACGAUAAAUCAAUUCCGAGAAAAAUUCAAAUAUUUGGCCUAUACGGUGAAAAUAUUGGUUGCUCAGUAUCUUCUCAAAGGUAAGUAUAUUAAUUUGAUAUAUUAUAAUAUAUGACAGAUAUUUUCGAUUUUUCGAGUAGAAUAGUUAAUUUCUUAAAAAUUGCAAUUCCUACAAUGAAAACGAUCAACAAAGAAAACAUUUCUAGAAUAAUAAAAUAAAAAACAAAAUUUGAAAAAUAUAGUUAUUCGAAUAUAAUUACCUAUAAAAGAUUAUUACAUGGAUAAUAAAUAAUAUAAACAAAAACAACUAGAAAUUAUUUUUUUCUGCAGUGAAGUUAUUGUAAUCUAAAUGAAAUUAUUAAUUUUGCGUAUUUUACAUAUAAUCUACAAAAGAUGGAAAUUUGAAAUCUGCAAUAAACCAAACAGAAAGAUGAUAUGUGAAGGAGAUUACGGAUCGCCGUUAAUCUUCAUAAAUGAAAAAGGAAACGAUACUCUAAUCGGAUUUGCCACUUUUAUUUACAACCACAGUCCAAACUGUGAUGAACCUUUGUGUGGGUGUAGAAAUAUGCAAGGGUCUCACUUGUUUCUUUAUAAAAUGAGACAUUGGAUUGUACAAAAGACUAAAGUAACGUUUAAAGAUUGUUCUACGAACGUUACUAAAAUAAAACAUAAGCCAUCUCAAAUUAGAAAAUUCCAUACUCUUCAUAAUUCUCAAGCUACACAUUUAGAUCCUAUUAAGUUACACUUACUCGUUAUUUUAUUUUAUGAAUUAAGCAUAUUUUUAACCGGUCGUCAUCGUUUUAUACAAAUCUAA